AUGUCUGACUCGGGAUUCACAGGCACAGGAACAGGAGGAGACGUCUUUAAAGUCGACCUCAAUGAACAAUUUGAACAAGGCGACAUGGUAUGGAUCGGCACUGCCUCGGUGCUAGUCUGGAUCAUGAUCCCUGGUGUUGGUCUUCUCUACUCUGGAUUAUCAAGAAAAAAGCAUGCAUUGUCAUUGAUGUGGGCCGCAUUGAUGGCUGCAUGUGUCACUGCUUUCCAAUGGUUCUUUUGGGGUUAUUCAUUGGUGUUUGCUCACAAUGGUUCCAAAUUCUUGGGAACAUUACAAAACUUUUGUUUGAGAAAUGUACUUGGUGCACCAUCAGUUGUGCUGACGGUGCCAGAUAUCUUGUUUUGCUUUUACCAAGGUAUGUUUGCCGCCGUGACUGCCAUCUUGAUGGUUGGUGCAGGUUGCGAAAGAGCCAGAUUGGCCCCAAUGAUGGUGUUUUUAUUUAUUUGGCUUACUGUAGUGUAUGCGCCAGUUGCAUACUGGACUUGGGGUAAGAAUGGAUGGUUGGUCAGCCUUGGAGCAUUGGAUUUUGCUGGUGGUGGUCCAGUCCACGAAAACUCUGGUUUUGCUGCUUUGGCAUACUCCUUGUGGUUGGGUAAGAGACAUGACCCAUUGACCAAUGGUAAAGUUCCAAAGUAUAAGCCACACUCUGUCUCAUCCAUUGUGUUGGGUACCGUUUUCCUUUGGUUUGGAUGGUUUGGAUUCAAUGGUGGUUCAACUGGUAAUGGAAAUAUGAGAUCAUGGUAUGCAUGUGUCAACACAAACAUUGCUGCAGCAUGUGGUGGGUUGACCUGGAUGUUUGUUGAUUACUUUAGAACUGGUGGAAAAUGGUCUACUGUUGGUUUGUGCACUGGUGCCAUUGCUGGUUUAGUUGGUAUUACUCCUGCAGCAGGUUAUGUUCCAGUUUACACUUCGAUUGUGUUUGGUAUUGUUCCAGGUAUCGUUUGUAACUUUGCCGUUGACUUGAAGAACAUUUUGGGUAUCGAUGAUGGUAUGGAUGUUUGGGCAUUGCACGGAAUUGGUGGAUUGUGUGGAAACAUCAUGACUGCAUUGUUUGCUGCCGAUUACGUUGCCAUGAUUGAUGGAACCGAGAUUGACGGUGGUUGGUUUAGCCACCAUUAUGUGCAAUUGGGUUACCAGUUAGCUGGCUCUGUCUCCAUUGCUGCAUGGUCAUUUGUUGUCACUUCAAUCUUGUUGUUGGUGAUGGACAGGAUUCCAUUCUUGAGAAUCAGAUUGCACGAAGACGAAGAGAUUAUGGGAACUGAUUUGGCACAAAUUGGUGAAUAUGCAUACUAUGAAAACGAAUCCGAUGGAAACCCAUAUGUGUUGGAACCAAUUAGAUCUACAGAUGCAAUCAAGGAGAAAUUGAAGGCAUCGGCAUCAAACAAAGAUGCUGAGCCCUUGCCAGAGGCCGAUUUAGAAGCACAACCAGAAGCAAUUGAUGGUAUCACGCGUGCUGCCAGUAACUCCCUGAGUUCAGUUAAAAAGUAA